UAUCCAAGUCACAUUCGGAGGUGCAGAGCGGAGCGUGCGCGCGUAUUCCCUGUGUGACGCGAGAAACGGACAAUAAAAAUACGGGCGGCGUUUUGGGAGUGUGGUGUGUUCGGUUCUGGAGGGGCCGUCAGGCUUAGGAAGCAGCAGUAGAAGGAUUCGAAGGACCCGCGGGCGCGCGCGCGUUGAUGUGUGAGAAGCUUUCGGGGGGUCCAAGAUGAGUGCGGAAAUUGUGGCCGAGCGGGGGAGUAGUCUGGCGUCGCUGGCCAUGCCGGUGGUCAUUUUUAUGACGCUGGUCCUGGUGGCCAGUGCGUUGUUCCAUUUCUGGAUGAUGUCCCGACGGUACGUUCAGCUGGGGAACAAGAUCCCGGGGCCGAGGGCGUAUCCGUUUAUCGGGAAUGCCAAUAUGCUGCUGGGGAUGAACCACAACGAGAUCAUGGAGCGGGCGAUGCAGUUGAGCUAUAUUUAUGGGAGUGUGGCUCGUGGUUGGUUAGGGUAUCACUUGGUGGUGUUUCUGACCGAGCCGGCGGACAUUGAGAUCAUCCUGAACAGUUAUGUGCACCUGACCAAGUCCAGCGAGUACAGAUUCUUCAAGCCGUGGCUUGGGGACGGGUUGUUGAUCAGCAGUGGCGAGAAGUGGCGAUCGCAUCGGAAACUGAUCGCUCCGGCGUUCCACCAGAAUGUCCUGAAGACGUUCGUGGACGUUUUCAAUGAUAACAGUUUGGCCGUGGUGCAGCGGAUGCGAAAAGAGGUGGGGAAGGAGUUCGACGUGCACGAUUAUAUGAGUGAAGUGACGGUGGAUAUCCUGCUGGAGACGGCCAUGGGAUCGCAGAGGACCAGCGAGAGCAAGGAGGGAUUCGAUUAUGCGAUGGCUGUGAUGAAAAUGUGCGACAUCCUGCACUCCCGCCAGUUGAAGUUCCACCUCCGGAUGGACUCGGUCUUCAACUUCACCAAAAUCAAACAGGAACAGGAACGGCUGCUCGGCAUCAUUCACGGUCUCACCCGGAAGGUCGUCAAACAGAAGAAGGAACUCUUCGAGAAGAACUUCGCCGAGGGUAAGCUUCCGUCCCCAUCCCUAUCGGAGAUCAUCGCCAAGGAGGAGUCCGCAUCGAAGGAACCGCUACCGGUUAUCUCGCAGGGCUCACUUCUGCGGGACGAUCUGGAUUUUAACGAUGAGAACGAUAUCGGUGAAAAGCGGCGGUUAGCGUUUUUGGAUCUUAUGAUUGAGACAGCAAAGAGUGGGGCCGAUCUUAGCGAUGAGGAGAUCAAGGAGGAAGUCGACACGAUCAUGUUUGAAGGACACGAUACGACAGCUGCUGGGUCUAGCUUUGUGCUUUGCCUUCUUGGAAUUCACACGGAUAUUCAGGAUCGAGUGUAUAAUGAAAUACAUCAGAUUUUCGGCAAUUCCAAACGGAAAGCCACCUUCAACGACACUAUGGAAAUGAAGUACCUGGAGCGAGUGAUCUUCGAAACAUUGAGAAUGUAUCCACCGGUUCCGGUGAUUGCCCGCAAAGUGACACAGGACGUUCGGCUAGCUUCGCACGACUACGUGGUCCCAGCCGGAACCACGGUCGUCAUCGGAACCUACAAGGUUCACCGGCGAGCGGACAUCUACCCCAACCCAGACGUGUUCAACCCGGACAAUUUCCUUCCGGAACGCACCCAGAGCCGUCACUACUACAGCUACAUUCCGUUCAGUGCCGGACCGCGAAGUUGCGUCGGUAGAAAAUAUGCCAUGCUAAAGCUGAAGGUCCUCCUGUCUACCAUCCUGCGCAACUACCGGGUCGUGUCCAAUCUGAAGGAAUCGGACUUCAAGCUGCAAGGCGACAUUAUCCUGAAACGAACCGAUGGAUUCAGAAUUCAGCUGGAACCGAGAGUCUAAUCAAUUAUGACCACACCAGAACGGAAUAGCGCAGGGAGCCGCCGCCGCAGGCCACAGGACCGAUAAGAUGUCGCGACAUUGCUGAUGGACACCGAAUGGAUUCCGAGACGAUAGAUUACGCCGGAGUUGUUGUAUAGCCCAAUUUAUGAUACUGUUAAUUGAAUUGUUCGGUUCCCGGAUUGCCAGGUCGAGCCGAUUGUUGUUGCUUUUGCUUAGUUUUUUUUUCUGUUCCUCAUACCCCGCUUCGCUUUGCUUCGCAUCCCCAGUGCUAUUUAUUUGCUGCUUCGCUUUCGCUUUCUACAGUCCCCUUACGAGCAUAAAUGAGAGAUAAUAAAACCUUCUCCGCAUA